AUGGAGAAUCAAGAUCAACCCGAGGAUGAGCUCCCUCCUAAGGAGCAGGUCAUCGACCGCCCUCCCAAGCGCAUUUCGGAACUGGAAUUCGGCGUCCUGUCUAACCAGGACAUGGUCAAGCAAUCCGUCGUCGAAGUCUCCGAUCGCAAUGUAUACGACCUUGGUACUGGCCCCGGCGGCAAGCGAACCCUCACUGCACAUGGUCCCCUCGACGGUCGCCUCGGAACAUCGUCAAAGACUGGACAGUGUGAGCAGUGCAAGGAAGAUCUCAAGAACUGCAAUGGUCACUUUGGUCACGUCCGCCUCGCCCUGCCCGCAUACCACUGGGGUUACUUCAAGAAGAUUAUGGAAAUUCUCAACACCAUCUGUAAAGACUGCUCGCGCAUCCUGCUCGAUGAAAACACUCGCCGAAAGUACUUGCGCCAGAUCCGUCGACCAGAGCUGGACACUUUGCGCAAGGAAGCCAUCUGCAAGAAGAUUGUCGACGAGGCCAAAAAGACAAAGACAUGUUUCUAUUGCGGCUCCAUCAACGGCACCGUCAAGAAGGUUGCAGGACACCCUAUCAAGCUCAUCCACGUCAAGUGGCAGACCUAUCUCGCCUCCAACGCAAAGUCAAAGGUCAAGCCUGCCUCAAUGGUCGCCUUUGAGAAGUCGUUUGACGAGGCAAAGAAAGGCGUUCCGGAUCUUGAGAAGCACGCCAAACGCGCCGUCGACGACAUGAACCCCCUUCGAGCCUUGAACUUGUUCCAGAGAAUCUCCACCACCGACGUCGAAUUGCUGGGAAUGGAUCCGAGCAGAGGCCGCCCGGAGGCUUUCAUCUGGCAAUAUCUCCCCGCCCCUCCAGUCGCCAUCCGCCCAUCGGUCGCUCAGGAAGCCGCAAGUACAGAAGACGACAUCACAAACAAGCUCGGAGACAUAAUUCAAAUCAACACUCUGCUCUCUGCCGGUCUCAAGUCUGGACAGCCAGUCAUGAAGAUUGUCGAUAUGUGGGAGUUCCUGCAAGUUCAGAUUGCCAUGUACAUCGACGGCAAUCUUCCAGGUCUUGGUCGCGAUUCCGCCUAUGGUAAAGCCCUUCGCGGUUUCUGUCAGCGUCUCAAGGGUAAACAAGGUCGUUUCAGAGGUAACCUUUCAGGCAAGCGUGUCGACUUUUCCGGCCGUACCGUCAUUUCUCCCGACCCAAACCUUAGUAUCGAAGAGGUCGCCGUCCCCUCCAAGGUCGCUACCAACAUGACCUACCCCGAGCGUGUUACCAGGUACAACAUCGAGAAACUCCGCGCUUGUGUCCUCCGAGGAAAGAAGAAGCACCCCGGUGCCAACUUUGUUGUCAAGAAAGAUGGCCAACGAAAGGUCCUGGAAGUCCUCGAACGCAUUGGAAAAUUGGACAUGAUAGCAGAAAAAUUGGAGAUUGGCGAUGUCGUUGAACGACACUUGGAGGAUGGUGAUAUCGUGCUAUUCAACCGUCAGCCUUCGCUUCACAAGCUCAGUAUUCUCAGUCACAAGGUCAAGGUCAGACCUUGGAGAACUUUCCGUCUCAACGAGUGUGUCUGCAAUCCUUACAACGCCGAUUUCGAUGGAGAUGAGAUGAACUUGCACGUUCCGCAGACCGAAGAAGCACGUACCGAAGCCAUCAACUUGAUGGGUGUCAAGAACAACUUGUGUACACCAAAGAACGGUACUCCCAUCAUUGCUGCCAUCCAGGAUUUCAUUACCGGAGCCUACCUUUCCUCAAUCAAGGACAACUUCUUCGACCGCAAGACAUUCAGUCAAAUCAUUGGCUACAUGUUCCACGAUGAUGUGAUCCAAGACCCCGAGACUGGAGAAAAGCUGUCCAUUGAGCUGCCGCCACCCACCGUCUGGAAGCCGCAACGUCUGUGGACUGGCAAGCAGAUCUGGAACGUGCUGAUGCGACCAAACAAGAAGAUCAACGUUCUGGUCAAUCUGGAAGCGAAGUGCAAACAAUACAAGGCUCCUCCUAAGGGCGUGGCGCCUGAUAUGAACGAAGACGACGCUUACCUGGUCAUUCGCAACUCAGAAGUCAUGUGUGGUUACAUGGACAAGGCAACCGUCGGUGAUGGAAAGAAAGAUUCGGUCUUCUAUGUCAUCACGCGUGACUUUGGCCCUGACUAUGCUGUUCAUGCCAUGAACCGUCUCGCUAGAUUGUCCGCACGUUGGCUCACUAACCAAGGGUUUUCGCUCGGCAUCAGUGAUGUGUACCCCAGUGAUGCACUGACGGCCAAGAAGAUGAACCUGAUCAGAACCGCAGAGGCCAAAUGUUAUGAGCUUAUUGACCUCUACAACAAAGGAGAACUGGAGCGUGACCCUGGUUGUGACGAAGAGAUGACCAUGGAGAACCAGAUCUCUGGCAUUCUUUCGAAAGUCCGUCAAGAAGCUGGUGAUGCUUGUUUUGCGGAGCUCAGUCGUCGCAACUCUCCCUUGGUCAUGGCUAAGUGCGGAUCCAAGGGUUCGAACAUUAACGUCUCUCAAAUGGUUGCCGCUGUAGGUCAGCAGAUUAUUGGAGGUAAGCGUGUUUUGGAAGGCUUCCAGGACCGUACUCUGCCUCAUUUCGCCAAGGGUAGCAGAGAUGCUCCCGCCAAAGGUUUCGUCGGUAACAGUUUCUUCUCGGGCCUGAACCCUACAGAGUUCAUUUUCCACGCCAUGUCUGGUCGUGAAGGUCUGGUCGAUACUGCUGUCAAGACUGCCGAAACCGGUUACAUGUCUCGUCGUCUGAUGAAGUCGCUUGAAGACUUGUCGGCGCAAUACGACAACACAGUCCGUAACUCGUCAUCGGGUAUCGUCCAGUUCCAAUACGGAGACGACAAGCUUGAUCCUGUCGAUAUGGAGGGAAGUGCAAAGCCUGUACAUUUCGACCGCAGUUUCACACACGCUGUCACGACUACAUGGGAUCUCAACGAUCGUGGUCUGAGACCAGCCGAGAUUAUGCAAAUCACAAUGGCCACUCUCGAUCCCGAAAGAGCUAAGCUUGAGCGUAUCUCGCUGACCGGCGAGAAACUCGGCUACAACGACAAGAGCGACCACGGCGUUGAUCAGCUAGAGAGUGCCCGUGACUUCCUCGAUACUGUCCAGAACUACAUCCAGAUCAAAUGUGACAAGCUGGCUGCCAUCCGCACGAAGAUCGGCAUGGAGUCCGGUGUCACAGAUUCUGGCGACAUCGACGUUGUUGUGGCAGACGAUUGUAGCCAGAGAACGAUUGCUGAUGGUGUGCUCAAAAUCUCGACUGCUGCCAUCAACGAGUUCCUCAUGCUUUGUCUAACCAAGUAUGAGCGUUCCAAGGUUCAGCCAGGUCAUGCUGUCGGAGCUACUGGUGCUCAAUCCAUUGGUGAGCCUGGUACACAGAUGACUCUCAAGACUUUCCAUUUUGCUGGUGUCGCCGGUAUGAGUAUUACUCAGGGUGUUCCCCGUAUCAAGGAAAUUAUCAACGCUUCCCGCCAAAUCUCGACUCCUGUCAUCUCGUGUACACUCGACUCGAAGUACGAAACUGUCGCCGCUCGCGUCGCCAAAGCCAUGAUCGAAAAGACAUAUCUCCGCGAUAUCAUUGCAUACAUCGAAGACGUCUGGUCAGUCACCGGCUCUUACGUCAACAUGCGCAUCAACUGGGACACUGUGAUGAAGCUUGGUCUCCGUCUCACAACCCAAGACAUCACCUUGGCCAUUGCCAAAAGCAAGGCCGUAAAAGCACUAGGCGUACAAGUCGCACCAGUCGGCAAAACCCACAUCCGCGUCAACGUCCAAUACGUGCCCGAACCCCGAGGCAAAGCAGCACUUAACAAGACGCGCAAGCCCCUCGAAAUUUUCGACAUCAUCCAAGACUUGAAGCGUAUCCUUCCCAACGUAGUCGUUAAGGGCUACCCCGACUGCGCGCGUGCCAUCGUCAAGAAAGAUGACAAACCCGACGCCACCGGCCGCGAACCUGUUUCAGUUCUUGUAGAAGGUUAUGGCCUGAAAGCCUGUAUGACAACCGAAGGCGUGGACGGUGUAAAGACUCGCUCCAACAACGUCAUGGAAGCCAAAGACGUACUCGGCAUCGAAGCCGCCCGCAGCACCAUCAUUGCAGAAAUCAGCUCAGUCAUGGGCGGUAUGGACAUUGAUCCCCGUCACAUGCAACUGCUCGCAGAUGUCAUGACCUACAAAGGCGACGUGUUGGGCAUCACCCGCUUCGGUCUUGCCAAAAUGCGUGACUCGGUGUUGCAGUUGGCUUCCUUCGAAAAGACGCCUGAUCAUCUGUUUAACGCUGCGGUGGGCAUGAAGAGGGAUCGCAUCGAAGGUGUUUCCGAGUGCAUCAUUAUGGGUCAGAGCAUGAGUAUUGGUACUGGUGCUAUGAAAGUGGUGCGCAAACUCGGUAUUACGGAAGCUGAGUGUGGAAGAAAGAAGUCGGCGUUUGAGAGUGCGUUUGCUGGAUUGCCCAAGACGGUUGCUGCUGCUGCUGCGUAA